CAAAUCAAUUCCCGCGCCUUUUGAAUCAUGGGUAACGAUGGAGGAAGCAUUCCCACGCGGCGAGAACUUGUCAAGGAGGCUUCUCGAAAUCCGACGACAUCGCAGGUCAAAGAAUCGCAAUCGGAGCAACAAGAGUACCACUGGACUACCUGCCCGCUAUCGCACCGUCCGCUCGCACUGCCGGUAGUCUCUGAUUCAUCAGGGAAAUUAUAUAACAAGGAUGCUGUUCUCGAAUCUCUGUUGCCUUCCAGCGAUGGGAACAAAGCCGACAACGAGCAGGUUCUUCAAGGGCGAGUGCGCAGCCUGAGGGAUGUCGUGGAAGUCAAAUUCCAAGAAGACAAAGAGCCUAGUCAGGAUAAGAACCCGCGAGGACAGCGAUGGGUUUGCCCAGUGACGAAGAAGACCCUGGGUCCUGGAAUUCGCGCUGUGUAUCUGGUCCCCUGUGGACACGCAUACUCUGAAAGUGCAGUCCGGGAACUGGCUGGCGAGAAUUGCCAGGAGUGCAACGAACCUUGUGCACCCGAAAAUAUUAUUCCGAUCCUUCCUACGUCUGCUGCUGAGAUUGAAAAGCUCGCUGCACGAGCAAACAAACUCAAAGAACAAGGUCUUACUCAUUCACUGAAGAAGGCACUUGGAUCGAGCAAGAAGCGCAAGAAGAAUGGCGAGACAUCCGUUGCAGCGGAGACCGGCGCUUCGUCGUCAUCGAAUGGAGAAAAGGACGCAAAGAGUAAGACUGCUACAAAGGCAGCAACGCCACAACCCACGAGUGGUACCGCAACGCCGAGCAACGGCAUUAAGAAUGCCGCGACUGCAUCUUUGACUGCCAAAGUACUCGAGGAGGAGGCAGAGAGAAACAAAAGAAGAAAGUAUGGAACUAACGACAAUAUCAAGAGUCUCUUCUCUUCGGGAAACGGUGCUGGCAAGGACGGAGAUUUUAUGACGCGUGGAUUUUCGAUUCCUGCUGGCGCAAAGAGAUGAAUCUACAUACCCAAGGCGUUGGUUGGCGUACAAAUCAUAACGGGUCGCCGCAUAUAUACUUUUAUAUGAAAUAUCAUAUGCUUGGUUCGGCUCUCCAAUUUUGUUCAAUCUCACUUGAGCGUUCGCUUUUUUGUAUUGAUUUAGAAGAAAUCUAGACUUGUUACGAAUGAAUAUAUUGUGCU